AUGAGUGAACACAUCGACAAAAAGUUGUUAGAUGAUGAUAUAAUCUACCGUUUUGAGUAUUUGUCAAAAUUUCUCAAUUUUACUGAGAAUGAUAUUGCUACGCUCAAUGCUUUUGAAAAAAUUAUUCAACCAGUUAUUCCAUCGGCAGUCGAUGGUAUCUAUCAGAAACUACUCAAUAAUGACGUCACCAAACAGUAUUUUCUUAAACAAAAUUACGGUUUUGAAGGCAUCAUGACAACAGAAGCAACUCAAGUCACAGUAAAAUCCGAUCAAAUGAUAUUUCGUAUAAAUAGCAUGCGUAAAUAUUUACUACGAGUUUUACGACAACGCAUAUGGAACGAUGCUUUUCUCAAUUAUUUAUCAAACGUUGGCAAAAUGCAUACUAAUAUGACCGGUGCAAGUUCGAUUAAUGUUGACUAUGUUCAUAUUAAUGCUUUAUUUGGCCAUCUUGAACAUAUACUUAUAGAUGCUGUUUUAAGUAGCGACGAACUCGAUGGAGAAGCGAAAAAAGCAACUAUACUUGCACUUAACAAACUAUUUUGGAUUCAAAAUGACUUUUUUGCCAUGCAUUAUAUUAUUGCGUCAAAAAAUGGAAACUGA